GGCGGGCAGGCCGGGCAUGGCGUCGAUGGCGGCGGCGAUCGCGGCCUCGCGCUCGGCGGUCAUGAGCGGGAACCGGCCUCUGGACGACCGGGAGCGGAAGCGCUUCACCUACUUCUCGUCGCUGAGCCCCAUGGCCAGGAAGAUCAUGCAGGACAAGGAGAAGAUCCGCGAGAAGUACGGGCCCGAGUGGGCGCGGCUGCCGCCCGCGCAGCAGGACGAGAUCAUCGACCGGUGCCUGGUGGGGCCGGGCGCCCCGGCGCCCCGCGCCCCGGGGGACCCCGGGGACUCCGAGGAGCUGGCGCGCUUCCCCGGCCUGCGCGGGCCCACGGGCCAGAAGGUGGUGCGCUUCGGGGACGAGGACAUAACUUGGCAAGAUGAGCACUCUGCCCCUUUCUCCUGGGAAACGAGGAGUCAGAUGGAGUUCAGUGUGUGCUCCUUGUCUAUCCAAGAGCCGGGCAGCGGCCCGGCCGGCGAGCCGAGGCAGUCUAAAGCCUCCCAGGGCUCGCAGGCCCUCCGGCCCUCCCAGGGCGGCAAGUCCUCCAGCCUGGAUGCCCUGGGUCCCGCCCGGAAGGAAGAGGAAGCUUCCUUCUGGAAGAUCAACGCCGAGCGCUCCCGGGGAGAGGGGCCUGAGGCCGAGUUCCAGUCGCUAACCCCCAGCCAGAUCAAGUCCAUGGAGAAGGGUGAAAAGGUCUUGCCUGCCUGUUACCGGCAGGACCCCGCCCUGAAGGACAGGGAGGCCAAGGCCGAAAGGCCCGGCAACCUCCGCCAGGAGCAGCGCGGCCUCCCCUGCGUCAGCAUCGAGCCCGAGAGACCCCAGCCCGUCCAGGCCCGCCCCAGCACCACCCCGUCCGAGCCCGAGGGGAAGCUUUCCUCGCCCGAGGCCAGGCGGGAGGACGUGGAGGACGUAGAAGACUCUCUGUUCUCGGAACCCAUGCCUACACAGGUCACCUCAAGUAAUGUCGUCUUGAAGACAGGAUUUGAUUUUCUGGACAACUGGUAAAAUGUAUCAGACAACCAAAUAAUAAGAAUAAAACCAAGAACCCCUAAAUGUUUUCCAAAGUGGCGUGGUGGAGGAGGAUAAAAAAAAAAAAGGCAAUAUUUCCCUGUGUAUUUUCCUGGUUUCUGUACGCUCUUUUCUUAAUCAUUUGGAAACUGGUAAAUAUCGCCUUGUCCGGAUUUCCAGAUUUUUCUCUUUUUUGGUAAGGCCAGAUAUAUAUGCUAUUUUCAGUGAUUUGAUAAACAGAAGUUUUACAUUUGGAAUUUUUAAACGACCGUUAAGGCAUUGAGUAGGUCUCGUGAAUAAAGCCUCUGUUCCCAAUUCCACCCCGUUUUCCCCCCUCCCCGGAGAAAGAGUUUUCUCAUCGUGUCCCCAAAACCAUAAAAGCGAUUUCCGUCUCUUUCUCCUUUAGCCUCUCCCCUUUUGAAAUGAGCGGCGUGCGCUUUGCUGGGUGGCUGUCGGUGAUGCCCUCGGCUGUGGCGGCCUCAGUGUGCCGGGCUGGCCGUGACCGCGGGAAGAUUCCUCCCCACCCAGCAUUCCCGGAUGCCCAGGGCUCCCUGACGCCACGCCCCUUGCAUCGUGUGCCACGCUCUACCCUCACGUCAUGUCCAGGAACCCCACUGUUGGCACAUAGCAGAGAUGGUCUUCAAGCCGCCCCGAUCCGUACUCAAGCUGUUCGUCGUCGUUUGAGAAGAGUUGCAUGUUUAAAAGUUUUGUAUUAACUUGUCAUUAUUUUGUAUGUAGAGUUAGAGGUUGUGAGGCUCCACUUCUUGGGCGUGUACUGGUUUCCGUUUGGAGGUUCUUUGCUCCUCCUGUGGCCCCGGUGGGUGUUCCCGGGUCCGGGGCAUCUGCAGGAAUGAAGGGCAGGUGGCAGGUGUUGGAGGACAGAGCCCUUCUGAUCGGUUGCGGUAGAACCUUCCAGCAGGAGGCUGGCAGGGGCGGUGGACGUCCUUCAUCCCAAGGACUGCUUAGACUCUCCUGAUGGAUCUCUCUGCCAUCCCUGACCACCAGCAGAAGGAGUCGUCUCUGCAGCGCCCCAGCAGCGCCCCCUGGAGACCCCUUGCGGUCCUAUCCACGGUGUCUCUUGGAGCCAGACUGCGGCCCGCUGCCGUUCAGAUGGAGGUGGCCCCCAGGCUGCCUGGGCAAGGUGGCCCAUGCCCCAGGCGUGGUGGGUGGGGCAGGGCGAGGAGGAGAGUGGCCCUUACCCUGGGAAGCCUGCGCCCUGCCCGUUGGCCCCGAGCUGCGCCCCCUGCUGGACAUGCCCGAGCGUGAUCUACACGUUGCCUCUCACUGUGUUCUCCUCACCUGAAGCCUUAACCCCUGUGAGUCCUGCGAGUGAGCGCCCGGUUUCAGUACCAAGGUGUGUCUUUUUAAAAAUGCGUUUCUGUCUCAUACGACAUCCUUAAGUGGUGUCCACAGCGUCCAGGGUAAAGCACGUGGCGCCUUAUUUUCCCCAGGAAGAUUCCUGCCAAAGCUGCGGCCUGGCCAACUUUUGGCUGGGUUUCUGCCAAUCGCAUUAUGUCCCUGAACCUCUCAUUUGGCCCCUUGGGGUUGUGGAUGUGACCUUCCUACGUGGGUGACUGGCUGCGUUAUGGCAAAUACAGAUUUCUUCUUGUACCAUUUGAGGAUAGUUGAAACGUCCAAGGGGAAAAAAAGGCUCAGAACGUGGCGGGGACGGAAAAGGGAACUUAGAAAUCCCAGCCGGGGAGCCAGCCCCUCGAGUCAGCCACUGAGCCUCAGAGCCGGGCUUCCCACCUGCCUCCACUUCCAGCCUGGAGGGCAGUGCACUGUUUUAGAGCCCGCGCUUGAAAACAGGGUUCCUUAAAAAAAGAGAGAGAGAGAGAGAGAGAGAGAGAGAGAGAGAGAGAGAGAGAUGUCCAGGUGUGAGUUUGUAUUCGUUGACGCUGAUGUGGCCAGGGAGGAACUGCACCUGGGGACAGUUAGCCCACAGUGAUGUGUCUGUUCUCUUGCGAGACAAUUCUGAGGCCUUUCCGACUUUCUCCUAAAGCCCAGUUAUUCCUUUCACAACCCCUCCACCCCGCCCCCCACCCCAGGGGGCUGCAGGGGCGCAGGGGGUUGUUGAAAGCCUCUGCGUCACCCGGUGCCGCCCGGGGCCCGCUACCCCGAGUGUUUAGUUAAUCUCUUACAACAGGGCGUAAUGUUGCAUGAUGGGGUAGCCUCCUGAGAUGAAAUGUAAAGUCACAACUUAGGAAAUCCUCAAGCCGUGUGGCUUUGCUCCGCUUCUGAGGAGACGUGAAGGGGCCCGGAGGACACAGGCUGGCGAAUCCCCAUCCCGCCUGACCUGCGGAUCCUGGUCGUAACCCCGGGCGGUCUGUGUAAAGAUGGUCAGUAAGGAAAAAUUCAGCUCUUAGGUUGGCCACCUCCUCCCCACCCUCCUGUGUCAGGAUGAAGUCCCUAGAACCAGACGUUUAUAUGUAUUAUUUUAAAAAGACACACUUUUCAACUGAAGCCUGUAUUUGGUUUUGGGGUGUCCCCCGCGCCCCCUUCUGCGCACCUGGGAUUUAGCUCAAGGAUUUAGCGUCUUGCUUCGGGUGACUGUGUUUCAUAAACUCUCCCCCAGGAAGUCAGAAACCAGUUUCCGUUCUUCCCCUUGGGGGGGAGGGGAGGGUCCCCACCCCGCUCUCUGGGUUUGGGGGUGCUGUCCACUUGGGGACCCCAGCCCUCGCCGCGCGCCGGACCCCACGUGGAUGUCAGAGCCCCCCUCCCUUUCUUUGAUACACGUUUUCCAAAAAAUGAAGAAUUCUUACGACUUGUAACUUGGUUGUAUUUUAUAUUAAUAGCCUUUAAUAAAGCCAUUUAAAAUAUG